AUGGUAAAUUACGGUGAACUAAUUUCCUCUGGCUCAUUUGGCACCGUCUAUCAUUGGGAAAAUGACAAGAUUUCCUUUGCUGUGAAACUGUUAAAAAAUCAAAAGCUCUACAAUGCUUACUUGGCUGAGAUGGAUACGCUGAAGAAGUUGACGCAUCAAAAUAUUGUUGAGUACAAGGACAUGCCGCCAGGGUUUGAACCGGCACCUGGUGACUUGCUGAUAUUUUUGGAAUAUUGCGCUCAUCACUCUCUGCAUGAUGUUAUUCUCUCCACAAAAUAUGUCUACCAACUCGAAAAUGUGCAAAUGUGGCUGUACGAUCUGUUUUGUGGGCUCUACUAUCUGAAGACCGAACAUUCUGCUGUUCACCAAGAUAUCAAACCGCUUAACCUGCUGGUUUCCGGCGAUUUCCUGCUCAAGAUUGGCGAUUUUGGCACGCUGAAAAUUUUGGAGCCAGCUGAAAAAUAUCCUCCAAUCCCUGUGGGAACCAAGAAUUACAUGGCACCCGAAUAUCUGAACGUCGCAGCAAAUCCCCUAUCUGCCGAGCACUUCUACAAGGCCGACGUCUACGGCGCGGGGGUGGUUCUAUGGGAAAUGAUCACACGGAGUGAGGCUCCUGCGGCUACAGACGAUCGUGUUCUCGCGGUUGGUCAACACGUCCCUGAAGCGCUUCGAGAAGUCUUGUCCCGUUGUCUGGAGAAGGACUUCAAAACUCGUGCCAUCUCCGAAGAAAUUUGCCGUAACAUUGCCGAAUACGGGAAAAAAUCGGUCAAAUUGGGAAAUUACGGCGUCCCAUGUGGAGAGCUUCCUACGACUUCUACCGUAAUCUACGAAGAAAGUAGGACUCCGGAGAGGAGCGCUGAGGAAAAGGAUGAAGCCCAGAAACUUAUCCAAAAUGCGCUAUCCGAGAUGAAGAAGUCGAGAGCAAGAAGGGAAUCGGCAGAAGACCAGGGACGAAUCUCGACACCGCCUGGCGAGAUGCAUCCUGCCGAUAUUGAGACUAUGGCUAAAAUCAGGGGACAUCCGAUGUUUCCGGUUUUAAAGCUCUUCACGGAAAAAGUGGAGUCCGCUACGUACGAGAUGAAGAGCAGCGUUUUCAAGCUGACCGAUGUGGAAGCGCUCUUCGUCGAGCUUGAAGCACAAGGAGCGAGCCCAAGGACCGAAGACCUGGAGCUAGAUCGCCUUGUCUGGGAUGCCAUCUACGUGAUGCGACUCCACCUAGCCGAGCUGGCUAGAGUGGCAAAGCUUGCAGAGGAUUUUAGGGCCAAUUUUUCAGCUUCCCUCAAGAAACGGGUGAAUCACGAAACGUUGAUCGGCGUAAUUAAUGAGAGUGACGAGGAGGCGUCAACGUCGGACGGGGAGUCGAAUUCGAGGUCCUCCCUACGCGACCAUCCAGCCAACACUACUGUAGCCAUGAUGAAUACCCCACACGGAACACUCUCAAUCCCCCUGACACUACCACCGAUAAACCACCACCUAUCAGCAGAUUCUUACGACUUGGGAUCCCCGGCUGGAAAGAGAACCCGCUUUGACUUCGACUCGGUCGUCUCCCACGGGUCUUCUGGAUUUAUGGAACGUCUUGGAUCCUCACGGGAUUUG